CACAGUGAAAGGCUUGGGGCCGCCACGUGGGUGUAACUGAGCUGAAAGCUCACUCACAGACCUUGCAUCUCACAGAGUGGCAAUUUCCAAAUGCCUGCUGUGUGUGCUGCCUGUGACACGAGCUGAAGAAGCAGAGGGUGUUCCUCGCUUGCUGCUGUGAUGCCAGGCAGGUCUGGUGCCAAGAUUUAGCUGUUGUAUCCAACACAGCUGAAUGCGGAUUUMGACUCGGCUGCAUUAUCUGAAGAAGAAUUCAUGCGAGCCUUAUAAGAAGGAGAGACAUUCAGCUUCCUGUACUAUUAAUGCUACAACCACUUCAGUCUGGAAAUUCUGCUGUUUCAUCGUCAUCAGYGAACAAUUGUGGCAAAAAUGGAAAUGAAGAGAAAUCCAGCAAAGUUGCUGUGGCUGUUGCUGCUCUUUUCUGACACGGUGCCAUUCAGCUGUGAGAAAUCAAUGAGAGAAAGAGCCAUAGAGCUGAUGCAAGAUGCACGUUUAAUCGAUGGCCACAAUGACUUGGUACUGCAGCUGAGAAUACUUUACCAAAAUAGACUCAGUAGAGUCAAUUUAAGAGAACUCAACCAGACCCACACAAACCUUGCAAAACUUCAGGCUGGUUAUGUGGGAGCUCAGUUUUGGUCAGUGUAUGUUCUUUGCAGCGCUCAGAACAAGGAUGCUGUGCGCCUGACCUUAGAGCAGAUCGAUGCUGUCAAGAGGAUGUGUAACAGCUAUGAAGAGCUGGAACUUGUGGUGACUUCCCAAGGUAUCUCUGACAGCAGAAGGAUUGCAUGUUUGAUUGGAGUAGAAGGUGGCCACUCCAUUGACAGCAGUUUGGCAACACUGAGGAUGUACUAUGACUUGGGUGUUCGCUACAUGACUUUAACACAUUCCUGCAACACYCCUUGGUCUGAAUCAUCAUCUAAAGGAAUACACAACUUUUAUCCUAGUGUUACUGGUCUGACUGCAUUUGGCCAAGAAGUGGUAAAGGAGAUGAAUCGCCUGGGUAUGCUGAUAGAUUUAUCUCAUACCUCAUAUUCCACAGUAAAAGCUGCACUCAAUAUCUCAAAAGCACCAGUAAUUUUCAGCCACUCGUCAGCAUUUGCUGUUUGUAAUCACUCAAGAAAUGUUCCUGAUGAUAUCCUCCAGCAACUGAAGAUGAAYAAGGGAAUUAUCAUGGUGACUUUCAACGCAGACGUACUGGCCUGUGGCAGGAAGUCUGUUAAUGUUUCUACCCUUGCAGAUCAUUUUGACCAUAUAAAGAAAAUAGCAGGCUCAGAAUCGAUAGGAAUUGGUGGUGACUAUGAUGGAGCAAACAGCUUCCCUGAGGGAUUGGAAGAUGUCUCUAAAUACCCUUCAUUGAUAGAGGAACUUCUUAGAAGAGGAUGGAAUGAAACUGAACUGAAAGGGGUCCUCAGGGAAAACUUUCUCCGUGUCUUCAGGGAAGUGGAAAAGGUGCGGAACAUUUUUGGAGUAACGGACGUAGGUGAAAGUGAAAUUCUGCCAGAAGUACAACAUUCCUGUCGCCUAGACCUACGUAAGGCUCAGCCUCAGCCAGCCACAUCCUUUGGAUUUCCUUCUGUGGCACAGCCCUUCAGUCUGACCAUUGCACCAUGUUUAAUGCUGUAUUAUGUAUCAUAACAUCUGUGGAGUCUAGAGAGAGAUUUAUYGAGUACUCUGCAAUGCAACUACUUCUCUUUUUGUGUUUUGUUAAUGGAAAACUAUAAUUAAUUUUAAAUGUAAUUUCUAUAAAUUCACCUGCAUACUUGAAAAUUCAUGUAAACUAUAAAUGAUGUAGCGAAAGCAUUUAGAAUUUGAAGUGAUAAAUUCUGUAGCAUCUCSGCUAGACCAGGACCAACACUGUUAAAAGAGAAAAAGUAUAUUCUAUAAUACUUGAUGCAUAGUUUUAUUAUUGGUAUUGUGGCAUAAAUACUGGAGUCCAGAACCAGCAGUUCCACACAAGAACUAGAGAUUGUGAUUAAGACAUCUGUCCAAUGCAUUUUCAAAUAUUACUUCUUGUUAAAUCAUACAACUUUCRUCAAUAGUUGAUGGCUGCCCUAUGGAGAAGAGUGCUUUUUUGGUUUCCUUGGGGUUUUGUUCUGAUUUUUAAGAUGACAAAAUCAAUGACAAGCCUAUUCCAGUUUGGGCUGCUUGCCUCCCACUGCUUUAGAGACCCAUCCUGAAGUACUAAAYCUUAUUUUUGAAUCCUGACCAGGACUGUGGUCAACUGGACAGUUACUGAAGGGUGGAGGUAGACCUCUUGCAUUCAGGUGCAGGUGACCAGGCCACAUUGUAUAUAGUUUUCUAUAAUUUGGGGACAGCUGUUUGCAGUAUAUUCACGAGGAUGGGAGCAAGAAUAAGCCAGGACAAAGCAGGAAUUCUGACUUACAAGAGGGUUGUAGAAAUCUUUUGAGAUUUAAACAAUUAUCCUUAUCAGUAACAUGUUUUAUUAUUUUAUUUUUAUUCUAUCUGGCUAAAAUCAGACCAUGGCCAAUGGACAUAGACAUGAGAUUAGACAGAGCCCUUUUUAUUAUAAAUCUGCAGUUUUGGCCUUUGAAAUGCAUUUUGAAAUACACAAGGURUGUGAGGUUAGAARCCACUGUUGUAGAGAARAGCAUGGACUGAGAUAGACCUGCUYUUCUGAGGCUCAAAAUAGACAUUUMAGUCAAAUAUACCGAGAUUCAUGAUGAAAUUAUAAGAUGGCAGCACAACAUCUUUGAGGGGUCAGUUCCCAGUGUUUGCUGGUAAAUGCAUUCCCACGAUACUUGCUGUUAAUUUUAUGAUACUGAUUUUUAUUUACUGAUAAUGACAUCUAGAGAACUUAGCCUUAGUGUAGACUAAAAGCCCUGUAAUUGAUCUAAGGGAAGUAUUUGUGAACACACAAAGUAUUUAAUAGCUGUAAGAGAAGGCUGGGCAUGAAUAGAAUGGAAAAACAGCAAGAGAAUGUUUUUCUAGAGGCAUUUGAGACUGUUCCCACCAUCCAUUUCUGCAUUCUGCAUACAAACAGGGUUUCUGGAAGGACCCUGUUCUUUUAUAGUUUCAAAAUUAAGCUUCAUUAACAUCUUUCGAUAAGAUGUUCUUGAUAAAUAUAUUCUAAUUAUACUCCUGUACGUUACCAAAUUCUUCACAAGUCAUGUAGAACAAUCUAGCUGCAUACAAGCCAAGUUUUUAAGAAUAGCUUCUCAAUAAAUACUGAUUCUGGUUAUGCAUGUAGAAAAGGGAAUUACUGCMCAGACUCAGAAGUCUGGCCACCCUGAUUUUGCUUGACUGGCAUCAGAACAUGUUUUGCUGGUAAAUUGAUGAAUUCAAUAGGGCAAAUUUCCCAUAGGAAAACCCAAUAGGGUUUGUUUCCCAUCACUGCUUCUUCUAAUAGGGUCAUAAGCCAUUGCAAAAUUGUCACCCAUGGUCUCUUUUCUCAGAACUAGUACUCUGAUGGUUGUUCCAUURCAUUCUUGAAUUUAUUCCUUCCAGCUGUUUUCUUUAUACUGUGUUCACUUUACUACUGCUAAUUUUUACUUUUUUAUWUUCCCAUACUAUAGCAUGGAUGAAAUACAUAUAUUCUUUUUAUUAAAGACAGAGAUAAUACUUUGAUAUGACUUGUCUUAUCUAUAAUGUGUUGCRCUUAUUUGUUGACUGCUUGUGCAAAUAAGCAAUUUGUAAUCUUGUGGCAAAACAUAGA